UUCCUCUCCCUUGCCUUGAACUAGUGAACCCAACUACAUACAUCAACAGCCGUUUACCCAACCACCCAAACACAUUUAAUCAACAUUGCCUCUCUCACUUAUUUCACUUCUUCAUUCACUCAUUCAUUCAUUAUUACUUAAUCCAGUCAUUCAUUUAUAUUAACAAUGGGUUUUCAGUAUGAGCUAGAUGGCUCGGUCGAGACACACGACCCUAGCCUCCCUUCAACUACAGCAUGCCCAUACCUACCUGGCCAAACUGUCAAUACUUUAAUCGUUCCUGUCGAGCAGGCUCUCCGGCAGCGAAGUGCUUCUCUCACCUCUAUGCGUGCUACCGAUCUCAAGACCAUGAAUCCCGAAUCCAAGUACACUACACCUCGACCUGCACCUUCAGUACCAGCCAACCACAUCCCCUACCGGGUUGGCUCAUCUCCAUCAUUAAAUCACAAGUCUUCGUCCCGAUCAUUGUCACCUGCCCCGGCGGCAUGGAAGCGCUUGUUCGGUCGCAAGGUGAACUCUGAAGGCGAGCGUGGGCGAUCUCCCAUCCGCAACGACUUGUCUGGUACCGCUGAGGAUAUCGACGACCGUUGCACGACGCCAUCGGAGGGUACUCGAACAAGAGAUAUCUCACCCGAAUCCCUUCGACGCUUUCUAUCUGAUGAUCUUCCUCCUCGCCCUAGUUCUAACCUCAGUGAAAGACCAUCCCUAGUUAUCCCUGAAGAUGUUGUGGAGGACAAUGACAACGAUGACGAUGAUAACUUUGCUACUUCAGCAGCAUCCGAUGGACAGCCCUACGUCACCCGUCUCUCACCUCCUCCCUUCAAGCGAUCUAUUUCUUCUGAGCCAGUCAGGAGUGAUGCCGCUAAUCCAAACUCACUGCCUCUGAUCCCUUCAAAACCAUACAAUAAGGACUUAUUGGAGGUCAAUGGCGUGCCUGCGUCGGCUGUGCUUCCAUCUCGACCCAGGUUGGAGACUCUUCGGGCUCCCAACCCUCGAAUCAACCCUGCUACAAGCUUCUUCUUGUCGCCAGCCACACCAAGCUUUCCCGAAGAUGAAGGAACAAACUUCUUUGACCUUACCGAUGAUGAGGACGACGUUGUGUCGAGUAACAACAGCGACAUCCUCGCAUUUCAGCCUGUUCCGGGCAUGGCUCCUACCACCGACUCUUUUGAGUGCUAUAGUCUUCCAGAGUCUCAGGAACAUGGCCCUAAGAUUGUCGAGUCCCAGUCAGCCUACGCCAAGGUCAACUCUCCAUCUCUUCUUUCUCGCGGCGACAGCGGAAACUUCCUUGGCGCGCCUAUCGAUACCGGCCUUGAUGACUUUGCGGCCGAGUUGGGCUGGAUGGUUGACGUUAUUGGCUCAAAGGCCAACUAGACAGCCACAACAAAUUCACACUCUAUCCGACACGAUACAAAUUAAUUUGGGUUUCAGCGCCCACGACACUCUACGAUCAACAUUGUUUCGACGGCGUUUAAUACUGGUUUUCAAAAAUUGGGUUCAACAUUUGAUGAACAAAAACACAGCGGGUUGCAUUUGGCGUUUUAAAAGGAACAAGAGGGGAUGGCGCAAGCAUAGGCAGCUCAAUGAGGUGUCAAACAUACAACAAUCCCCGAGGGGUAAUAAGGAAAGGAUCUAGGCGAAUCGAAAUAGGCGGUCGUGUAACAAUGGAAUUCUAAAGGAGUAUGUGAGGGAAGGGUGGUAUGGUUCAUGAGACGGACGACACGGCAGUUAUC